AAAAAUAACUGUCGCGUAUGUAAAUAAUUGACGUUUAACAGUAAAAUAUGGUGUAAAAUACGUGUUUUUAAAUCACCAUACGUAUGCAUUUAGUAAAUGAAAGUUAACACGGGGAGAAAACUAAUGACACAAAUAGAUAAACAGUUUUCAUAGAUAAAAAACGCAUUUAACGAUGGAGGAAACAUUUAUUUUAAUAUUGCUCGUUCUUGUAAUGCUUAUUGGAUCGUUUUUGGCAGGCUCUAUACCGCUGUUUUUUAGUUUUUCUGAGGAUAAAUUAAAGAAAAUUACUGUAUUUGGGGCUGGUUUAUUGGUGGGGACUGCAUUGGCUGUGAUAAUACCGGAAGGGGUGAGGUCUCUUAUAACAGAAAAUUUGCCUCAUGCUCAUAAUGAGUCGAGCAUUCCAGAACACAGUGAUCCUUAUUCCGUUAUAGGAAUAAGUUUGGUUUUGGGAUUUGUUUUUAUGCUUUUGGUUGAUCAGAUUACUCAGGCGAAGAAUGAGAAUUUGAGCCCCAAUGAGAGAAAUAUUACUGCUACUAUUGGCUUGGUGGUGCAUGCAGCUGCAGACGGUGUAGCUUUGGGUGCAGCUGCAACCACCAGUCAUGCUGAUGUUGAAAUAAUAGUUUUUCUGGCAAUUAUGUUGCACAAGGCACCAGCUGCUUUUGGAUUGGUCACGUUUUUGCUUCACGAGAAAAUUGACAGGCAAAGGAUUAGGAAACAUUUAAUGAUAUUUUCCCUAUCAGCCCCUGUUACGACUGUUGUAACCUAUUUUGGUCUUGGACAAGGGACCAAGGAGACACUUAGUUCCUUAAAUGCUACUGGCAUUGCGAUGUUGUUUUCUGCCGGCACUUUCCUCUACGUGGCCACUGUUCACGUGGUUGCCGACCUUACACAACACUCGGGCGGCUACGAUAGGCUGCCGCAGCCCGGCGAGCCAAUCAAGCAUGCGCACUCGUCUCUAGGCAAAGCGGAGAUAGUGUGCUUAGUUCUGGGUUGCCUAACUCCCAUCCUACUCAGCCUAGGUCAUCACCAUUAAUCGUGAUGCCCAUUUUUUAACGGUUGUUUUAUUGUUUUACAGGUCUAAAAUGAUGAAGUUUUACUUAUUGCUGCUUUGCCUGAGUUUGAUAACUAUAAGGCGUUUUAGUUUUAAGUUAAAAAAAUUAAAUAAAGUAUUUUUAGUCGAAAAUAAUCUUCAUGGUUUUUUAAUUUUUAACAGUGUUUUUUAAUGUUUUAAUGU